AUGUCCAAAGAUUCGGCAGGGAUCGACGUUGGUUAUCCCAUUUUCGGGGCUCGUUUCAUCAACAACAAGGCCGUGCUCGUUACUGGGGGAGGCGGCGAGGGAAAUCAUGGUUUACCGAACAAAAUAACUGUGAUUAAAUGUCUGUUCAAAGUAUCUGAUAAAUCUAGAAGACUCCAAAAAUUCCGUGAAAUUGUUUUGCCAGACAAUGAAGACUCGCCAAUGUGUGUUGAUAUCUCUGGAAGCACCGACGAUGGUCAUUUGGUGUUUAUCGGUUGCAAUCAAUCGGAAGAACUUGCAAAAUCAAUGAAUAUCAAUCACAAUCUACGCAAGUACGUUUAUACACUGGAAGAGCAUUUGCGAUUCCAGGAUGCUGCUCAGUUGGAAGAGGAGAUUUCCCUGGACGAAGUGGGCGAGUAUCCAAAAGCUGUGUGUGUUUCAUCUGAUGGUUCAUUGGGAUGCCUUAUGACUUCCAAAACCCCAUCAUCAAUUUCCAUAUUCAAUCCUGACACCUUGGACCUCAUAUUCAAGUUUACUCCAUCAUCAGAUGUGGAGAUCAAGGAUUUUCAACUUAGUCCCAACAAUGGCAAGUCGUUGUGCUACGUAACAGGUAGCUCUGUGGAAGUGAUAAACCCUGCAUCUGGAUCAUUGGUGUCUUCCAGUUCCAAAUCUCCCGCGGUUACAAAGACGCUCAGCAAGUACAUUUUGUCAAAGGUCAAAUACAUUAAUGCAUCAACCGUGGUCAUCGUGGCAGCAUUGCGAAAUGGAAAGGGUGUCGCCCUCAUACAAUAUUCCACCGCAAACCAGACUAUAGACAAAAUAAAGGAAAUCAAAUCCAAAAUGAGAUGUGUUGCCUUUGACAUUUCUGUGACUCAGGACUUGCUCGCGUUUGCUGGUAAUGACUGCUCACUCAACAUCUUCCGCUUGAGCGAUUUCAAGAUCUUGAAAACAUACAAGAAUUAUCACAAGUUUGCCAUCACAUGUUUGUCAUUCUGUCCCAACGGCAGUAAAUUGGCAAGUGGUAGUUCCGACGCAAACGUAAAGGUUUUGAAACUUCGUCCCAACUAUGCCAAGGGACGUUCGGUUAUUGGUUCACUUUUCAACUACUUGAUCAUGAUUAUCCUCGUUGCAAUCACUGGUAUUUUCUUGCAAAAAGCUCAUGAAACUGGCCAACUACAAGACUACUUGGCGCUCGCUUCCAAAAACAGCGAAGUGUAUCUCCAGCAAGGUCGUGAAUACGGACUUGUUGCAUGGGAUCAGGCUCAGGUCUAUGGUAAAAUUGGCCUCAGUCAUCUCAAACAUUAUGGAGAAUUGGGAUAUUCAAUUGUUCAGGAAAAAAUCAACUUGAAUACAGAGAGAGAAGCUACUACUGAUGAUACCACGAUUGCAACUAGCGAAGUUCCAGCAGUUGAAAAUUCAAUAUCGGCGACAUCUGAGAGCAACAGUGAUGCAAAGCAGUCACUGGCACCUGUCCAACCUCCUGAUGAUAGCUCCAAGGCUGCAUCUACUGCUCAUAUGUCUCAUACAUUGGAAGAUAUUGUCUCACAGGUGACGAAAAAUGUGGCAGACAUUACUGGUAAGGAAGAUUUUGACUCGUCCUCGUUCUUUUCGGAUACAACAAACUAUGUGACUACCGAAAUUCUCAGUACAGUACUGGCUCCUGUUACCAGCUCAAUUGAAGUUGUCCCAGAAAUGGAUGAGAUCAAAGAAGAAGUAAUCUACGGUACAAAUUCUACACUGAGUGACAUUUCAAGUGAAUCCACGCCAACAGUAUCCACGUCAACGAUAUCCACGCCAACAGUAGCUUCAGAGGAUUCAGAGGCUUCGGUUGAAGAUGAUGACGAGAAAACUGAAGGUGACGAGAACACUGACAGUGAAGACGGUAAUGACGAAGAAGCCGAAACAGAAGGAGCGGAAGCAGAAGAUGGUGACGAAUCAGAGGAGACUGAAGCUGAGGAGGGCGAGGAGUCCGAAGAAGAUGAUCAGGAAGAAGCAAUUUCUGAGACUGAAUCACUCACAACUGCAGCUGAGUCAAUAACGCAAGGAACGACUGCAGCGACGACAAUCUCGCCUUCAGACACUGAAGCUUCUUCUGAAGAGGCAAAAGAUCUCGAUGACGAUAGAUAUUCCCUGGGCCUGGAGACGGAAGAGUAUGAAGAGACCGAAGAAGAAGAACAGAGCCAAUACUCCGGCGAAGAAGAAUCACUGUCUGAAUAUUCAACUGUUAGCUCGCCUGAGCCUGUUUUGUCUCAAGCAUCAACCAUCAUAGAGGAAGUAAUCAUUUCAGAAAUAUCAGCUUCCACCAUUGUUGAGGAAUCCGUUUCUGCACCAACUGAGGAGACGUCAACGGAAGAGCCAGCGAACGAGACUUCUACGAGAGACUUAUCAAACGAGAACGAUACUUCUCAACCUUCACAACAAGCCACUGAUGAUGAAAGCAAUACCAUUGCAGUUCCUAAUGAUGAGACUCCUUCACCAAGUAUUGCUGAAGAGACAUAUACAUCUAUCGAACUGCCUACUUUCGACUACGAAAGCAAGAAGACCGCAGAAGCGACGUCAGAACUGACCGCGGAAGAGAUUCCAGAACAGACUUCUGAGCUGACUGCGGAAGAGAUAACAGAACAGACUUCAGAACUGACUGCAGAAGAGAUCCCCGAACAAACCGCAGAUCCUAUCGUUGAAGCCGUUGCUGAAAGUACAGCUAACGCACUCGAAGAGUCUGCAACAGAAGCUAUAACUCUGCUGGAGGAUGUGCCUUCUGCACAACCUGCUGUGACUCCAUCAGCUGCUCCGAUUGUGGAAGAGAGUGCCAAUGAUGGACUGACCAAUUCUACGACACCAAUUCCUGAUGCAGCUAGCUCUGAAUCCUCCACAUCAACAGUGAAACCAACUACUAAAAGGUCAAAAAAGAAGAGAUCAAAGAAGAAGAGUGGAUCAAAAUCUUCAUCUGGUCAACCUAGUAAAGCUGUUGUCCACGACGAACUCUGA